AUUUUGGUCAGCAAACACAGCUGCAGUCCUUCGUCGAGUCCCGAUGCGGUAUUUCUGAGAUCAGAAAUCCCGAAGUAUAUGAAUGUAAACGGAGUAUCGAAUAACAAGCAUCAAAAAUGUUUCCUUUACGGGCAUUUGCCCGUCGGAUGUCACACCUUGCGGCUAGAUACACUGGUCGAGGAGAUGUGCAUGUAGUUGAUCCGAGCGUUGAUCUUAGGUACUUAUUUGAGAACGCAGGAAGACUCAAGAGAAGUCUCGAGGAACGUCGUCGUGAUAUUAAUAUUGCUGAGUUGAAAGAAAAGUAUGAAAAAUGGUGGGCACAAUAUGAGAAGUUCACUGCUGCCACGAAGGGCCAAUCAAAAGAGGAGUUGUCUGCUGCAAAGAAGGCAUUGCGAGAGGAACAGGCUGGGCUUCUUGAAGCAUUGGCUCUUCCAAAUUUUGUAGAUGAAGUUGGGAAGCAAGAGAGACCGAUGUUGAAAUCAUCGAAACAUCGCGACUAUCUUGUGCAAAAAGGACAUAUGCGAGUCGACAAAGAAAUUGGAGUUGUCCAUCUUGUGGGUUACCCAGUAUUAAUUCGAAAUAACCUGAAGACCCAGUUUCUCGAAAUGUUCGAAGAUGCUAUUUUGGUUUCACCAUCGUACUUCGCGCGCGCGGCAAUUCUGGAAGGUGUCAAUGUGCCGGAACAAGACUUUGUAAGAUUCACAGACGGGUCUGAAACUUUUCCUCCGACUUAUUUAGUUGGGAAUUCGCUUUGCUCGCUUGUUUCCUUGUUUAUUCGCUCUCAAUUUGUCGCGCAGAAGAAUACUUGGCCAAUUAAGCUCCAGAGCUCAGGUGUAUCCUAUCAUGCAAAGAAUGACACAAUUGAUCUCGCAUAUGGUCGCCAGCGUCUCAAACAUUGUAUUCUUGCCUUGGCUAUCAGUGACGAGCAGAUGGAUGAAUUUGCGAAUGACAGUAUGACCAGAAUUGGAGCAUUGUUGGAUGAGGGCCUUAAGCUGGACAUAAAAGCUCGGAAGGUGACAGGAAAAGAAUUACGAAAUUUCGAAACUCAAGCAAUCGUGUUUGAGGACAAAGGCUUAGAAGUAGCGAGGAUUUCGUGGAUCGGUGACUACAUCUCUCGUCGACUAAACGUCACCGCCGACAACGGCGACUUUCUGAGGAUGGUCUACGUAGAAACAAAUGUGGAUCGAGUUCUUGCAAGGAUCUUUGAUAACUUAGUAGACGGGAAUGAUAUACCUAAGAGCUUGCGACAAGCCGUGGGAAGCUCGGACGCCGUAUAAUAUAUAGCGAGAGUAAAUUGACAGGUUUAUAUGACAGCACCUCUUCUGCCUUUGUUUGUAUAAAAGGUGAC